AUAAUAAUAUAAAUAAACCAUUCGGAAACAUCCGCCAAAUUCAUCGUAAAAUGUGUGACAGUGAAGUCGUCUCCCAGCAAAUUUCUCUCUUUCGCUCCCUGAUACAAACCAGAAGAUUUGACGACGGAACUCUACGGAUUCUGGAGUCGGUUUUGAUCAGCAGAGACGUGAAGUUGAUGCUAGAUGUUCGGCGGAGCCUGAGAGACUUCAUGAGACAUGAAUCUCUAUGUGUUCUUAGCGAAUUUAAGGAGAAAUCUGUUGAUCACAAUCUUCUGAUCAUAGAAUUUUUCGUUCACGCUUUCGCAUUUAUCGGCGAUCUAGAGAGUUGCUUGUCUUUGAGAUAUGAGGCACUGAUUCUACGAGAACUGAAGUCUGCUACAGAUCAUCAGCUACAUGUUUCAUAUGGUGAAUGGCUCACUUUUGCUGAGCAUGCCUUUGAGAACCGGUUUUAUGCCAUUUCUAGAAAGGCAUGUGAGAAAGCACUUGCUUGCUUUCAAACAAAUGAUGUGCUUAAACCAAAAGAGACAGAUGCAUUAUCUGACAUUGAAGCAAUUAGAAAAGUCAAGAGAUUGAAGGACCUUGCUAUGAUCAGAGUUGCUUCACAAUCUGUUCAGGCACAAGGAGUAAAGUACUUGAAAAGGAAAACAGCUGAAUGUGACAACAUUUCCAUGCCUGUAAUCAAAGAAAAGCGACAUUCAGCCAGCAUUCUGUUCAGGAAUGGAAUUAAGAAGCAUAACACACGAAAACUGCAACAACUUCGAAGACUAUAGCCGAUUAUCAUCAGACUACAUGACAUGACACUAAGGUCCAUGUGCUUGCCCUUUUACCUUGUUAAUAUAGCAUAUAUAAUAUAUGGCAUUAUGAGCGAUGACCCUUUCUUCUAUUGCUGUCAUUCUCUCUAUAAACGUAUGAUUGUAUAUCAAAACGAUUAAAUAAAUAACAUACUGGAUGUCAUAGCAUAAUAAAACAUUGCAUUGUCCUUUUCUUGUUGCUAUUGGUUAAUGAUAAGAUAUUAAGAUGUCUGGGAUUAAGUGGGCCUAAGUAUCUUUGGCCCAACUUUAACAUAAAUUGCCUGAGCAGGUACUUAUUAUGGACCAUGUUCAUCCAAGAAAAACCAUC